AACGCACUAAGCCAAGCCACGCCGCGUUAGAGUGGAUUAGAAUAAACAAGGCGAGGCACUUGAAGUCGUACCUUUCAAACGAACGAUCGAUCGAUCAAUCGUUAGGUUUUGCUUCGGCCGGCGGUGUUGAGCUCGAUGGCGGAGGUGGUGUAUAGGAGCAAGGAUAUGGAUCGGAUCAAGGGGCCGUGGAGUCCGGAGGAGGACGAGGCGCUGCAGAAGCUUGUGCACCGCCACGGGCCGAGGAACUGGUCAUUGAUCAGUAAGUCGAUACCCGGGCGGUCGGGGAAGUCGUGCCGGCUCAGAUGGUGCAACCAGCUGUCGCCGCAGGUGGAGCACCGCCCUUUCACGCCGGAGGAGGACGAGACCAUCAUCCGCGCCCACGGCCGCUUCGGCAACAAGUGGGCCACCAUCGCCCGAAUCCUCUCCGGCAGAACCGACAAUGCCGUCAAGAACCACUGGAACUCCACCCUCAAGCGACGGUACUCGUCCUCCGCUACCGCGGAUGCCGACGACAAUAUGGUGGAGAGGCCGCUCAAACGGACAUGCAGCGACGGGUCGGGCGUCUCGUCCGGUGGAGCAGAGCGUAGCCUGAAUGCCGGAAGUCCAUCAGGGUCCGAUCUGAGUGAUUCCAGCCAAAACGUGCCGAUAACUUCUCCGAUCUCCACUGUUCCCCUGAUCUACCGGCCUCUUCCGAGAACAGGCGGCGUAUUUCUUCCUUCUGCCGCCGCCGCCGCCAACUGCCAACAGGCCGAGCCGUGCACCACCGCCACGGCUACCUCCCCAUCUCCUCCUCUUAAGAGCAUGGAAGAUCCGGCGACCUCUCUCACUCUUUCCCUCCCCGGUUCAGACAUAAAAGACGCUUCCCACCACAGCCGGACCUCGGACGGCGGCAACAACAAUAAAAAGCAAAACAGUCUGACUCUUCUUUCCACGGAGAUGCCAGCUGAGGCGCGGUCAGCGACUCCGGCUACGAGGUCCAUGGACGAUGGAAAGAUCUGGGAGGCGGAACGGCGACGGCGGGCGUUGUCGUUUCCGUUCGGGCAGGAGUUCCUUGCGGCGAUGCAGGAGAUGAUCCGGCACGAGGUGAGGAGUUACAUGUCGGACUUGGAACGGAGCGGCGCUAUCCCAGGGCAGUCGCCGUUGCAAGCGGAGAGCGUUUGCAGUGCUCUGUUUAGGCGGAUCGGAGCAUCAAGGAUGCAGUAAAGUCAAAAGAGAAAUAUAGUGGGGGAAAAUAAAAAGAAAAAGAGAAAAAGUUCUCCUUUGUAAAUUUUCCUCCUUUAUUUCGCAAUGUUAGAAGAAAUAAACCAGAGAGAAUGAAUGGGUUGCUAAA